AUGCUCACGUUAAUGGGUGAUACAUCAUCGCGCGUCGCGGCACGGAGAACGUGGAAUGCGCGAGCUGAUUUUCCGCCGCUUGCAGACUUGCCGCCGAUAUCUAUGCAAGAUGAAGCCGUCACCAUCGCCGCAUUUCACGCCGUUACCGUCGCCGGGUUCCCCGCCGUCUCCAUCGCCGCGUUUCUCGUAUUCACGAACCGCGAGUAUAGGCCUCACAGACCCCAGUGGCAGCUUCUCUUGCUCGCCGCCUACUCCGCUAUCGACAUCCGCUUCCCCCUCUCCUCGAGUCACAUCAUAUUCUCAAGCUGCUGUUCCAGGCUUUAUGCCCCCUCUCAUGCCCCGUUCCCCUCCUUCUCCGCAAUCCCCUCCCUACUGGCCGCCGCUAACCCGGAGCCCCGACCCGCUCGGACUGAACAUGAGGGGCCUAUUUAUGGGUCACCAGGGGGGUCUGUGGGGCGUGACACGUGGCAGCAGUACAGUGCUCCAGGUGGCUCCACGUCAGCAUCACCAUCAGCAGCGGCGGCUGCCAUUGCUGCUGCUAGAGCAGCGAGUGCGCGUAAAUCUCGAGGGUAUGGGCAAGCAGGAAGGAGCUCUGGAUCAGCUUAUAACGGAUCCUCUAGAGGCUCUCCUAAAAAGGGAGGCAGGGGGGGCAAAGGGUUUCCGUAUAACAGCAGUGGCAGCAGCAGUGGAGCUGUGGUCACUUAUCCCCCAUUCUCCCCUAGAGCUGUUUUAGAUUCGUCGCGCGCUAUAGCUCGUAACGAGUCUGCUCUUAGUGAUGCGUCAAGUGAGGGCAGCAGUGGGGUGGACGCGCAAGGGGUCCAUUUGCUGGAGCUAACUUGCGGGUGGCAGGAUUUGUCUCAUAUCCCAAAUGUACAGGUAACAGGGGGAGUGAGCCGCCCGGCUGUAUGCUCUGUGAAGGAGAAGGAUGAUGAAGAGGAGGCGGUGGGGUGGGAGGGUGAGGAGGACAAUGAAGAGGCGCUGCCAUCACAGGAAGAGUUUGAUGCAGCCUUGUGUUGA